AUGGGCGAGCGAGGCCGAUACCAGGAAACACUCACUGGUCUGCAGGAGACAGCCAGCCACCACCCGGGCUCUGAGGGCCCUCGACGGGACGCAGGACAAGGAAUGAGGGAAAUGGAUUCUGAAAAGCAUCAGGGCUCUCAAGGAACCAGGAAGCCACUCUUCUGGUUUGUCUGCAUUUCCCUCAAUGGCAGUGAAAGUCUGGGUCUCUUUAAUCAGGGGGAGAGCAUCUGCCACAGGAGGUCGGUGGUGGUGGCGGCCGUCCAGCCUCAGGCGGCGCUCACACCUGAGAUGAGAAAUGCAUCCGGUAAGGCCUUUGAGCCGGACAUCCAGCUGCCAGGCAACCUGGCCUUUGGCUACAAAGUCCGUCCCCCGGCUCAGACGCAGCAGGGACAGAGCUACCAGGCCCGUCCCCCGGCUCAGACGCAGCAGGGACAGAGCUACCAGGCUCAGAUGCAGAAGGAACAGAGCUACAAGGCCCUUCUCCAAGCUCUGGCGAAGCAGAGCCAGAACAUCCACCAGGCCCUUCCCCAGGCUCAGGCGCCGCAGAACAACAUCCACCAGGCCCGUCCCCAGGCAUCCGGUAAGGCCUUUGAGCCGGACAUCCAGCUGCCAGGCAACCUGGCCUUUGGCUACAAAGUCCGUCCCCCGGCUCAGACGCAGCAGGGACAGAGCUACCAGGCGCAGCAGGGCCAGAGCUACCAGUCCCGUCCCCAGGCACAGCAGGGACAGAGUUACCAGGCACGUCCCCAGAAUCAGGCACCGCAGAGCAACAUCCACCAGGACCGUCCCCCGGCUCAGAUGCAGAAGGAACAGAGCUACAAGGCCCUUCUCCAAGCUCUGGCGAAGCAGAGCCAGAACAUCCACCAGGUGCUUGUGGUGCUUCUAUGGCUGCUGGUUAUUGACGGGCUUCAAGCAAAAAUAACAUCAUCCGGUAAGGCCUUUGAGCCGGACAUCCAGCUGCCAGGCAACCUGGCCUUUGGCUACAAAGUCCGUCCCCCGGCUCAGACGCAGCAGGGACAGAGCUACCAGGCGCAGCAGGGCCAGAGCUACCAGUCCCGUCCCCAGGCACAGCAGGGACAGAGUUACCAGGCACGUCCCCAGAAUCAGGCACCGCAGAGCAACAUCCACCAGGACCGUCCCCCGGCUCAGAUGCAGAAGGAACAGAGCUACAAGGCCCUUCUCCAAGCUCUGGCGAAGCAGAGCCAGAACAUCCACCAGAUGAGUGCAUCCGGUAAGGCCUUUGAGCCGGACAUCCAGCUGCCAGGCAACCUGGCCUUUGGCUACAAAGUCCGUCCCCCGGCUCAGACGCAGCAGGGACAGAGCUACCAGGCGCAGCAGGGCCAGAGCUACCAGUCCCGUCCCCAGGCACAGCAGGGACAGAGUUACCAGGCACGUCCCCAGAAUCAGGCACCGCAGAGCAACAUCCACCAGGACCGUCCCCCGGCUCAGAUGCAGAAGGAACAGAGCUACAAGGCCCUUCUCCAAGCUCUGGCGAAGCAGAGCCAGAACAUCCACCAGAUGAGUGCAUCCGGUAAGGCCUUUGAGCCGGACAUCCAGCUGCCAGGCAACCUGGCCUUUGGCUACAAAGUCCGUCCCCCGGCUCAGACGCAGCAGGGACAGAGCUACCAGGCACCGCAGAGCAACAUCCACCAGGACAGUCCCCAGGCUCAGAAGCAGCAGGGACAGAGCUACCAGGCCCGUCCCCAGGCUCAGACACAGGCACCGCAGAGCAACAUCCACCAGGCCCGUCCCCAGGGUCAGGUGCAGCAGGGCCAGAGCUACCAGGCGCAGCAGGGCCAGAGCUACCAGUCCCGUCCCCAGGGACAGAGUUACCAGGCACGUCCCCAGAAUCAGGCACCGCAGAGCAACAUCCACCAGGACCGUCCCCAGGCGCAGCAGGGACAGGGCUACCAGGCCCGUCCCCAGAGUCAGGCACCGCAGAGCAACAUCCACCAGGACCGUCCCCAGGCUCAGAUGCAGAAGGAACAGAGCUACAAGGCCCUUCUCCAAGCUCUGGCGAAGCAGAGCCAGAACAUCCACCAGAUGAGUGGUGGGAAUGUGGUGACCCAAGACAAACUACAGGCCUUCCUUUGA